CGCUGGCGUCACUCGGCCGCGCCCAGCGUUUUCUCGGCGGCGGCCGUCGGUCCCUGCAGCUGCGGGGCCGUAGGUCGUCCGGGGCAGGAACUCGUCGGCGCUCCCCAUGGAGGAGGCAGCGCGCACGGCUGCAGUCCCGGAUGCUCGCACUUCCCCCUGGACGGCGACGAAGGUGGUGGCCGCGCGAGCGCAGGAGGGCGAGGCCGGUGCGGCCUGUGUGGGCUGGAGCCACUCUGCCAGGGCUUAAAACUUUAAAUGGGAAUAAAGGGUAGCAUUUACGAGGAAAUGAGAGUGCAUAAAUCAUCUCUUAACCCCUUCCAGCCCUUUUUUCAUAAGAGAGAACAUAUUAAGCUUACGUCAGGCUCUCCUGGCUGUGAUUGACCUUCAGUUACAGAGAUUGGGAGCAGAGUGUUAACAGGUGUGAGGAUAGCAAAGCCGCGCAAUCCUUUCAGGCCAUUCCUACUGAUGUCUUCUUUUCAAACUAUUUGAAAACUGCAUCAUCCUGCCUCCAGCACCAGCAGUUUCUCCCUUCUGUGAUCAAUGUAAUUCACAGGAAUUUCUUAAGUAACAAACGAAAUGAGCCCAGGGCGUGGAAAAUAUGACUUUUAUAUUGGUCUGGGAUUGGCUAUGAGCUCCAGUAUUUUCAUUGGAGGGAGUUUCAUUUUGAAAAAAAAAGGACUUCUGCGACUUGCCAGAAAAGGUUCCAUGAGAGCAGGUCAAGGUGGCCAUGCAUAUCUUAAAGAAUGGUUGUGGUGGGCUGGACUGCUGUCAAUGGGAGCUGGGGAGGUGGCCAACUUUGCUGCUUAUGCAUUUGCACCAGCCACGCUAGUGACUCCGCUAGGAGCUCUCAGCGUCCUCGUAAGUGCCAUUCUUUCUUCAUACUUUCUAAAUGAAAGACUUAAUCUUCAUGGGAAAAUUGGAUGUUUGCUAAGUAUUCUAGGAUCUACAGUUAUGGUCAUUCAUGCUCCAAAAGAGGAGGAGAUUGAGACUUUAAAUGAAAUGUCUCACAAACUAGGUGAUCCAGGUUUUGUGGUGUUUGCAACACUUGUGGUCAUUGUGUCCUUGAUAUUCAUCUUUGUGGUAGGACCUCGCCAUGGACAGACAAACAUUCUCGUGUAUAUAACAAUCUGUUCCGUCAUUGGAGCAUUUUCAGUGUCCUGUGUGAAGGGCCUGGGCAUUGCUAUCAAAGAGCUGUUUGCAGGAAAGCCCGUGCUGCGGCAUCCUCUGGCCUGGAUCCUUCUGCUGAGCCUGGUUGUCUGUGUGAGCACACAGAUUAAUUACCUGAACAGGGCCCUGGACAUAUUCAACACUUCCAUCGUGACUCCAAUAUAUUAUGUAUUCUUUACAACCUCCGUCUUAACGUGUUCAGCUAUUCUUUUUAAGGAGUGGCAAGAUAUGCCUGUUGAUGAUGUCAUUGGUACUCUGAGUGGCUUCUUUACAAUCAUUGUGGGGAUCUUCCUUUUGCAUGCCUUUAAAGAUGUCAGCUUUAGUCUAUCAAGUUUGCCCGUGUCUUUUCGGAAAGAUGAAAAAGCAGUAAAUGGCAAUCUCUCUAGUAUGUAUGAAGUUCUUAAUAGUAAUGAAGAAAGCGUAACCUGUGGAAUUGAACAACACACUGGUGAAAAUAUCUCCCGAAGAAAUGGAAACCUGACAGCAUUUUAAGAUGGUGAGCACAAACAUCACCUCUUAAUCUGUAGCAGAAUCCUGGCCCCAGGCUAUUAAUUCACAUUACCAAAGGCAACAUUUUCAGGUAACUUUUAAUAGUUUUGUUAAACUUUGCUUAGCUCCAGAUUUCCCAAGACUUGUGGAAGUAUUCCUACUUUUUUGUGUGAAAAUGUCAAACAUAAGAAAUCUUUGUUUGUGACACUCCAACUGUGAAAUAACUGCCACGUUAAGAUAGAAUUUGGCGUUUUGUACUGUGCACUUAAUGAUAGGUACAAAUAUUUUUUCCAUUCCGUCAGCAUUUCCAACAACAUGUUGCCCUAAUACUUUAAAAUUUUGUGUUUCUCAAUUUUUGUGCAUGUCCAUGGCAUCACUCCUGAUGACAGAUUAUAGGGACCGACUCCAGCUACAUGAAAGGAGGUUGAGGGCUAUUAGGGACAGGACCCACGUUUUUCUCAGUCCCUUAUGUGCAGCACCUGCUAUCACCAGGCCAAUUUCCUUUUCCCAAACUGCUGCCCUCUUCCAGGUCAUAGAAACACACAGCAAGAGGCACUUACAUGUCUGUCCCUUCUCUAUAUACAGAAGGGAGCUGCCAAGACACAGCCAUUGUCUUGCUUCUCUGGCUAGCCUGGUUUGUAUUUCACCCCUGUGGAAAACUAAAUAGAAAGUUCAACAUGUGUGCUGGUGAGAAGGGUUGCAUUCUGAAUAGUUUGAGUAUUUUGUCCCACUUCGUAAUCCUGGAAGUGAUGCAGGCUCUGACUUGGGCCCAGUCCUUUCAUUCAGAUAAUUAGAGGACUCUGUCUAAGCCAACUAACACAGGGUUGUAGAAAAUGAAAGAACACAAAUAGGUUUCAUUAGUUUUAUUUCUAUAACCUUUAAAUCAUAUCCCCACAAAUUGGAUUUUGUCACAAUGAGAUUUGAAUUGAAGUACACUGGCGCAAGACAGGAAAGGGAACAGUGACUUAAAAAAAAAAAGAUCAUCAGAAAAAAAUCCCUCAACAAAGCUAAACUGUUAAUCAUUAAGUUUAAUGGUAAGGGAUUUUAAUACAGUUAGCUGGCAUUAAGUAACUUAAGGGAUAAAUGAAUGAACUCAGCAACAUUUUGACAUAGCUAGCUGCUGGAACAUUCCAUAGAAAAACUGGAAAUAUCUUGUAAGAAUAUGAUGGGAACCUUCAGCAGCCAAUAUUCUCAGACUUCAUAAUUACCAAAAGCAUAUACAAUUUUAGUCUAGAAAAAUAAGUCAAUUUUAUAAAAUUAAGCCUUUAGAUCAAAAAGCACCCUCUUUAACAAGAACAGAUACUGAAAAAUAGUCCCUAAAAAUCUCACUAAAUAGUUUAUGGAAAGAAAAACAUGCCUUAGAGUUAUUAAUUGCUGUGGGCAGCAGAGCCUAGUGUGCCCUCAGCUGCUGGCUAGAGACUGGUGGAUGGGCGGCUGGAAGCAGCGCACAUGCUCCACGGGCGUGCUCUCUCCAUCACCAGACUUCAAGUACUUGUCCAGGAUAGUGAUGAUCUCAUCAUUAAGAAUCUGGAACUUGCGAAUUCUUUCCACCAUCUUCUUCAAAGGCUACAACAAUGAGGAUGUUUUACUGUUACCACUUGUAAAUUUAUUAUGUUUCAAAGUGUUAGGAUUUUCAUAUUUUCUCAUAAAAAUUGUAGCAAACCGUAUUGACAUAGUUUCAUCUUUAAUGCAACUACUGGAACAACUAGAAGAUAGUCCAGUGCCCAUUUGCAUAAUUUAAAGACCUAUUCAUUCAACAGCUAUUAAGAACUUAUUGUGUGCUAGAAGAUGAAGAUGGUAUAAUCAGUGGGGAAAGACUAGUAAACUAAUAAAAUGCACUAUUGGGGGCAGGCUCCUUUAGUAGAUCCUCCUGUUAAAAUAGACACACAAGAAACUCUAAAAGCACUGCUGCUGUGGGAGGUAAAGUCAGGGGCAGAUGCCAAUAGCAGCAGGAAGUGACAGCCUGGGCCAUAAGCAAGCUGGAUUCCCCCAGGAAGUUACGCCAUAGUAGUCCCAAAGAGUAACACUGUGGUGCUGAGCAGAAGCAAAUGCAAACCUUGGGAGGAAAGCUAUAUAAAUCAGUUUAAUAAAAUAGAAGCUCGUAAAUAAAUAACUUGUUUCCUUAUGUACUGGUAUUUUUAAGCUUCCUAAGGCCUUCAGAAUUAAAUUUGACAGAUGUCUUUUUUGUCAAAUUUAUCACCAAAAUUUGAACAAAAAUCAUUUUUAAAAGUAAAAACUAACCAGACUUGGCACAGCUUAAGUGAGUUAACUACAGACAUAUCUGAAGAAAGUACUAGAGAUGUAGCCCAGACAGUCAAGGAAAUGAAGGCAUGGGCACUAUAACAGUCUCUCCAAGACCUGGUACCUGUGAGUAUAUUACCUUUCAUGGUGAAAAAGACUUGGCAGAUAUGGCUAAGGUUGGAAACUCUUAAGACACAGGACUAGACUGGUUCUACCUAGAGAUGUGACAGAAGGGUAUGUCAGAAGAUUAGAAGAGAGCUCAACCCAGUGUUGGAAGUGGGGGAGCAAGUGACAAGAAUGAAGAGAAAUGUGAGCUAACAGCCUGCAAGAAAUGACUGCAGGGAACUGACUACAGCCAACUACCUGAAUGAGCCUGAAAGCAGAUGCAUCCCCAGAGCCUCCUGAAGGAACACAGCACCACUGACACAGGGAUUUUGGCUUUGUGAGACUGUAAGCAGAGGAGUCAGCUAAGCCAUGCAAUACCCAGACUCCUGAUCAGAAGAACUGUUGCUAAGCCUGUGGUGAUUUGUUUGUUUGCAAUGGAAAAGGGUCAUGGAAAAUAGAAUACACAGGUCUAACAAAAGUCUUUAGAAAAGGGCUAAAAUAUUUGAGAAGAUAAUGGCUGGGUUUUCUAGAAUUCAAGGAAUUCUUAACACAGAAAAGAGCUUAAAAACAGCUGGAAAAGCACUUUGAUUUCUGGGAAGCCAGAAGACUGGUAUAAUAUGCCAAUAAAUUGAAAAUGUGGAUUCUGCAAGGUAAGAAAUGAAGUAGAUCUAAGUACCUUGAAAAGAGAAGGAAUUUGAAACAGUUUGUAUUUUAUCUGCUGUACUGCUUUACAUUUUAAUUCAUUUGGGGAAAGAAAGGUUCAGCUAGUGGUACUUUACUAGGAUGCAGAACUUUCCCAGAAAAAGUUUUCUUAAGUAGGAAGUACGUUUCUGCAAAACAUCCAAAUGACAGAAGAUUUUCAUUCACAUACCACGUUUUUGAUGAUCUCAUCUUUGCCAUCAUGUUUCUGGACUUUAAGUAGAUGAUAGCAAAAAUCCAGCACAGCAAAGCGCCGCUGUUGCCCGAGAAGUACAAUGAUCAUACAACCAGCCCAGUGGAGUCCAUCACCAAAACACUGCCUGGGAGAAGCAAUAAACAGUGGGAAAGACUUCAUAAAUUUUUUAUCUGAGUCUGUUUCCACACAUCCAUGACCAAACCACCAGAAUCAUCAAGAGCAUGGGGUGAUUUUCCAUUUCUGGUAAACACCUCUUCUGGGUUCCUCUGGCAUGCUGUAGUUUCCCUACAAACUGUUCCAUUCCAGAGCAUCAGAUGUUAACACAUACUUACUCAACAGUAAACUCAUGCGUCCCCACUGGAAUGCAGUAGACAAACUGCAUGGCACUCCACAGCCUGUGAAACUCCACACACUCAUCCACGUGCAUGACUCCAUUGCUAGGCAAAGGCCCACGCCAGAUAGGGUCAUCUAGAAAGGUUCGAAUCCGUGUCAGGAUGACCUCAAACAUAGACAGGCCGCAGCAGAGCCGUUCCUUGGUCAGCAGGUCACCCUCUCUUGCGAUUGCAAUUUGCUGCAGAAAGCAAAAGCAGAGGGAUAUUAUUGGGCCCUCAACAGAAUGUUAGUGCUGAGACCAAACUACUAUAGUUUUGUUCAUGGAAUCUUAGCUUAGAGAGAGGAUUUUUAGGAACAAAAGUCAAAUACAUCAGCAAUUACCUAUCUGGCUUAUGAUAUACUACUACACAAAGGGAAUGAUGCACAGCUGUUCUGAUUAGAACAUCUGGCAAUGUCCAGAGACAUGUUUUGGCUGUCAGAAUGUGGGCUGGGUUUACUGACACCCAGCAGGUGGGGGACACAGCUAAAUAUUCUACAGUGCAUAGGACUGCCCCCACUACAAAGAGGUCUGAAAUGGCAGCAGUGGCAGGCUUGAGUAUUCCUGAUCCUGGUGUAAAUUGAUACAGAACUUUACCCUGAUACCCUGCUUCCUGUCCUAAUUUAUUGUUCUUAAAAACCUAUGAAAAAGCUUCAUUGUCCAUCAUGAAGGAUGGAUAAUGGCCAACAACUAGUGAAAUUUACUGAGCAUGUCUUAGGUCCAAAUGCUGUACUAAAUCUUUUCUAUCAUUAGCUCAUUUAAACUCCACACCCACUCUGAGACAUAGAGGCCCAAGUGGCUGAGUAUCAGCCCCAAUCCCAUCACGUGGCCUAGUAUGGACACCCAGCCUGCAAUCCCCGGCAGCCACAGCACAUUACCUGAGGAGUCCCUAGCCUUUCAAUCAGUGGGACAAGAUGCAGUGGGGCAUACUUGGAUUCCAGUCUUUUCAUCUUGGCAUCAAGUCUCUCCCCCUCUGCAGUAGAAAAAAAAAAAUUAGUUAUAUUCUCCUUUGUUAAGAAAAUGAAAGAUUUUUAAGUUAACAAGUAUAGAGAUUCUUUUUAAAAAUUCUUUCAUAGAACUAAUCUGAUGCUUUAAAUCAAAUGGAGAAAACUGAUCUUCUGUUCAGUAUUCAUUAUUCAAAAAACUUACUGAAAAUUCGAACUAUACAGGGAACCUCUUUACCCAUAAUCUACUAAGACAGUGCCUCCUGGUCACUUCUGCUCCCAUGCUGUUGUAAAGAUUACAUAUAAUUUCAGCCAUAAAUACCUGAGCUAUAGAGCAUCCAUUUAAUUUGGCUGUGAGUACUCUUCGGUUAUUCCCAGUUGUGACUAUCCAGGCAUCAAGCUCAGUCCAGCACUGGCCUUUAGUUCUUGGUUGCACAGAGCAAUACCACACUGCAAUAGGCAUUCUGAACUCCUGGUCCACACUGGACACACAGCUUACCUUUCACAUGGACACGUGGUAAGAUGUUCUGGAAAGGGGCUGCAUGUAACAGGUCACAUACUUCUUCUAAAGACUAGGGUAGAGAAAGAAGGUCAUGUCAGCGUGUGUCUCACAGCAAGAUGGACAGAGAAACCUGUUUCUGGAAACAAGGCAUGUCUGCCAGUGAGGCCAAGCCCUCCAAGUGGUGUGGCAACAGAACUCUGGGAUGAUGGAAAUGUUGUCUGUCUGUGCUGUCCAUGCCAUGGCUACCCCACCACAUGUGGCUACUGAGUGCUGGGAAUGUAGUUGUUGUACCCAAAGAACUGAAUUUUCAAUUAUUUUUAAUUCAUUAAAAAAAUGUACAUAUGAGUAUGUAUUGGGACUGAGUGUGGUAGUCUGCUGUCCAGGAUUCACUGGUUUGGCAACCCUUCCCCCACCCCUACUAGCCUCAACCACACUUUAUAGCGAGACCUCACUGUACACCCAGGCAGAAGGAAGGAUGCUUCCCCAGUGAAUAAGGCAGGAGAAGCAGAAGGAACCAGGAACAUAACUGUGGAAUCCAGCUCAUUCACAAAGCCUGGAACAAAGUUCUGCACUAUUAACUCUGGGCUGUUGUGAGACCACAAACUCCUUUCCAGUGGCAAGAAGCCUACACAAGGAACAUUCUUCAGAAUUCACACAUUGAGAAAAAGUGUACCUCCAGUAUUACAGAGCUUUCAGAACCUCUAAAAACCCACCAUGAACCUAAACAUGGCAAGAAUAGGACAACCAGGUUCUUAGACCAUGGGAAAGGGUCCUUGCAGAUGGAAGUGAUUCUUCUCCACAGGGCAAGUGGAAGAUGUAAGAGGGCCUCCUACUCAUACCUUUCCUGCACUGUUAGCAUCCAUCAAGACAGAAUAAAAGAUUAAACAAAGAAUCAGCCAUCACAAAGUCAAGACAACUGAUUUUACCUCCUGAGGACCUCCCCAAAAAUGGUGAUAGUACAACUAAGACCAGAAGAAGAUGAGAAGACUAGUCUAUAAUCAUCAAGCCAGUCAAACCUAGUGCCAGCAGCCAGAAGGCUACUGUGUGCUCCCCUGGGGACACUAAAGAAGCCUGACAACUUCAGACCCCACUUUCUACUCCUAAGGCAGGCAAAGGAGCGGCAAUCUUAAGUGCUUCAUUAGAUAUACAGAAUAGCAGCUAACUCAGGACCAGUGUCCACAGUGGAGCCUGCUGCCAUGGGGCUUGUAUUCUAGAAAUGGAAGCACACAGUAGGAGAGAGGAACAAGCGAAAACAAAAAGGGAAAAGGCCAGAGGUGAAUGUACAUUGCGCAAAUGCACAUCAGUAGUGAUGUCGGGUGUGCCAUGCAGCUACAAAGACGACCAUCACCACAUCCUAGGGUGAUGUCAUCUCACAAGACACAUGCUUACUGUCAAGUGCAAAAAGCAAAGCAGAGAGGGCAGUGGGCCCAUCUGGACUAACAGGAUAGGAUGGUGAUUGGCCUUACCAGAUGAGGAAGCUGAAUGACCCCUGGAUGGUCAAUGGGACUACAGGUGGAAGAGUCCCAGCAGGAGGGCAUGAAUGGACUCUGUAGGCCAUGCAGGGGCCCCACUGGGCAGUCUGUGCUUCUUAGGUAUCACUGCCAAUGAGCUUAAAUUUUUGCUCCCAAACCAAACUAGAAAAAGAUGAGAAUUGGUAUAAAAACCAGCAUUAAUAAAAACAAAGGAAGGGCAUGCAUUUGGCCUGUAGUUAAGACAUCCAUUAAGAUGUUUGCAUUCCACAUCAGCAUUGAUUCCAGGCUUUCAGCUUGUUAAUGUAGAUGCUAGGAGGUAGCAGUGAUAGUUCAAGUUGUUGAGUCCUUGCGACCAACAUGACAGACCUGGAUUGAAUUCCUGGCUCCCAGUUUCAGUCCCAGUCUCUGUUGGGGACAUUUGGAAAGUGAACCAAUGGAUAGGCGUACACACUCUCUCUGCCUCUCAAAAAACAGACUUAAAAAAAAAAUCUUUAUUUCUAAAACAGCUUAACACAACCACAGCUAAAUAACUAUAUUACAAGAAUUUUUAGGUUGGGUUUCUGGAGCAGGAUUUAAAAAACAAAAAUGCUACUUUCCAAAAGCUGUAAGAUGAAUCUGUUCAACACACAGAUUUGGAGUAAGAUUAACAAUUUUGGUUCUACAAUAAAAUCCUGGUGGCAGCCCUGGCCACUACAGCAUGGUCUCAGUGUCAGAUAACUACAAGGGAUGUGCUUGUCUCAAGACACAACAGCUAUGUUUUAAGGAUCUGAGCAGAGUUCUCUUACCCUUAAGCAUCACACUCCUUCCAGAAGUCAACAGCUAUCCAGUCAGUGCCAUGACAAUGGGUGGAGAUUGUUCCUUUGAAUAGUCUAAGUUUUCCUUCAAAUUCAUGCGGUUCUGUAAUUAUGUCCAUGCAAGCACUCCUUGACAUCUUCUAUUUUGCAGGUAAAGCAAAACCUUUGAGUUUAUUUCCUAAAAAGGCAGCUGGACAGAAGAGAUAGCAGCCUUUCAUGGGCUUCCUGCUACCACCUGACCCAAUUCCUCAGGCUGUCCCCUCAGGAAGUCUCACUGCCUUACUGGAGGCCAGUGGGAGAAAACACCAUGGAUAGGACCACUGAGGAGAAGUCUGUGUGUUCAGGAAAAGCUGCCCAUGAAGGUACUUUUCCUGUAGUAUAGAAUUUUCCUGGGGCCGGCACUGUGACGCAGUGGGUUAACGCCCUGGCCUGAAGCGCUGGCAUCCCCUAUGGGCAAGGGUUCUAGUCCCGGCUGCUCCACUUCCUAUCCAUCUCCCUGCUUAUGCACCUGGGAAAGCAGUAGAAGAUGGCCCAAGUCCUUGGGCUCCUGCACUCAUGUGGGAGACCUGGAAGAAGCUCCUGGCUCCUGGCUUUGGAUCGGUAUAGCUCCAGCCGUUGUGGCCAUCUGGGGAGUGAACCAGCAAAAUGGAGGUCCUCUCUCUCUGCCUCUACUCUCUGUGUAACUCUGACUUUCAAAUAAAUAAAUAAAUUUUGCUAUAUUAAAAUUCA